CCGCCGGCCUCCGGAACGCGCUCUCUCGGCCGCGCGCGCUCGCAGUCUCGGCCACCCACCAGCUCCAGCACCAGCAGCAGCGCCGCCGCCACCGCCCACCUUCUGCCGCCGCCGCCGCCGCCCCGCCACAACCACCUUCUCCUCCGCUGUCCUCUUCUGUCCUCGCCUUCUGUCGAUUAUCAGGCUUUGAACCAGUAUGGCUGAACCUCGCCAGGAGUUUGACACAAUGGAAGACCAUGCUGGAGAUUAUACUCUGCUCCAAGACCAAGAAGGAGACAUGGACCAGGGCUUAAAAGAGUCUCCCCCACAGCCCCCCGCCGAUGAUGGAUCGGAGGAACCAGGGUCGGAGACCUCCGAUGCUAAGAGCACUCCAACUGCUGAAGACGUGACUGCGCCCCUAGUGGAUGAGAGAGCUCCCGACAAGCAGGCCGCUGCCCAGCCCCACACGGAGAUCCCAGAAGGAACCACAGCUGAAGAAGCAGGCAUCGGAGACACCCCGAACCAGGAGGACCAAGCUGCUGGGCAUGUGACUCAAGCUCGUGUGGCCAGCAAAGACAGGACAGGAAAUGACGAGAAGAAAGCCAAGGGCGCUGAUGGCAAAACCGGGGCGAAGAUGGCCACACCUCGGGGAGCAGCCUCUCCAGCCCAGAAAAGCACAUCCAACGCCACCAGGAUCCCAGCCAAGACCACGCCCAGCCCUAAGACUCCUCCGGGGUCAGGUGAACCACCAAAAUCCGGAGAACGAAGCGGCUACAGCAGCCCGGGCUCUCCCGGAACGCCUGGCAGUCGCUCCCGCACCCCAUCUCUACCAACGCCGCCCACCCGGGAGCCCAAGAAGGUGGCAGUGGUCCGCACUCCCCCUAAGUCACCGUCAGCCAGUAAGAGCCGCCUGCAAACUGCCCCUGUGCCCAUGCCAGAUCUAAAGAAUGUCAGGUCGAAGAUUGGCUCCACUGAGAACCUGAAGCACCAGCCAGGAGGUGGCAAGGUGCAGAUAAUUAAUAAGAAGCUGGAUCUUAGCAACGUCCAGUCCAAGUGUGGCUCGAAGGACAAUAUCAAACACGUCCCGGGCGGAGGCAGUGUGCAAAUAGUCUACAAGCCAGUGGAUCUGAGCAAGGUGACCUCCAAGUGUGGCUCGUUAGGGAACAUCCAUCACAAACCAGGAGGUGGCCAGGUGGAAGUAAAAUCAGAGAAGCUGGACUUCAAGGACAGAGUCCAGUCGAAGAUUGGCUCCUUGGAUAACAUCACCCAUGUCCCUGGAGGAGGAAAUAAAAAGAUUGAAACCCACAAGCUGACCUUCAGGGAGAAUGCCAAAGCCAAGACAGACCACGGAGCAGAAAUUGUGUAUAAGUCACCCGUGGUGUCUGGGGACACAUCUCCACGGCACCUCAGCAACGUGUCCUCCACGGGCAGCAUCGACAUGGUGGACUCACCACAGCUUGCCACACUAGCUGAUGAAGUGUCUGCUUCCUUGGCCAAGCAGGGUUUGUGAUCAGGCUCCCAGGGUAGUCAAUAAUCAUGGAGAGAAGAGCGAGUGAGAGAGUGUGGAAAAAAAAAAAAAAAGAAUGAUCUGGCCCCUUGCCCUCUGCCCUCCCCGCUGCUCCUCAUAGACAGGCUGACCGGCUUGUCACCUAACCUGCUUUUGUGGCUCAGAUUUGGCUCGGGACUUCAAAAUCAGUGCUGGGAAAAAGAGUAAAUUUCAUCUUUCAAAUUGAUUUGUGGGCUAGUAAUAAAACAUAUUUAAGGAAAAAAAAAACAUGUAAAAACAUGGCCAAAAAAACCCAACAUUUCCUUGGGCAAUUGCUAAUUGAUUUCCCCUCCCCUCCCUCGCUGAGUAUUAGAGGGUAAAGGAGGCUCUGGAGGCUGCUUCUGGGGAGUGGCUGAGGGACUAGGGCAGCUAAUUGCUCACAGCCCCAUCCUAGGGGCUUCAGGGGCAGCGGCAGCAAUGAGAGAUUUGAGACGUGGUGUGUCAGUGGAGCCGUAGGCAGGUGCUGUUAACUUGUGUGGGUGUGCGUGGGGACUGAAACAGUGAAGGCUGAGGGAUGGGUGGACUGGGAGUUAGAGAGGUGAGCAAGGCAGGUUGGGAGAGCAGCUUGGGAAGGACAGGUAGCUCCAGCUGCCUGCAGCACUCCUAGCUAGAUGCCUGCUUGAUAAAGCACUGUGGGGUACAGUGUGGGUGUGUGUGCCCCUCCUGAACGGCAGGCAGCCUGUGGGAGAAGGGGGUAUUUAUUGGGCAGAAGGAAGGUAAGCCAGCAGGUGGUACCUUGUAGAUUGGUUCUCUGAAGGCUGCUCUUGACAUCCCAGGGCCCUGGCUUCUUCCUCCCUCCCCGCAGGGUGGGAGGUCCUGAGCGAGGAGUUUCCCUUCCCUCCCACAGGAAGAGCUGCUUUACUGACUUCUCAAGUUUGGAACUACAGCCAUGAUUUUGGCCACCAUUAACAGACCUGGGACUUUAGGGCUAACCAGUUCUUUGUAAGGACUUGUGCCUCUUAGGGGACCUCUGCCUGUUCUCAAGCUUGGCCCCCUGGCACUUCUGCAGUGUGAGGGAUGGAGGUGGUAUUUUGGGAGGUGGCUCCCAGGCCUCCCAUCCCUCACACAGCCACUGUAUCCUCUCUCUCUGUCCUAUCAUGCCCAUGUCUGCCACGAGAGCCAGUCACUGCCGUCCGUACAUCACGUCUCACUGUCCUGAGUACCGUGCCUCCCCCAGCCCCCAUCCCCAGCCCCUGGGUAGAUAUGGGCAAUAACUGCUCUAUACUAGGGGUCGGAGUCCAGGGAAGGCAAAGAUCUGGGCCUCAGUCCCUAGUCCUACGUUCCACGAAUCCAACCAGUGUGCCUCCCACAAGGAACCUUACGACCUCGUUGGGUUCGCUCCAUUACUUCCUAUCCUGGAUGGGAGCCGGUGUGUGCCUGCCUGGAGAUGACCUUGGGCCUCUGCUUUUUCUUUUACUUAAGUGGUUGCCUCCUAGACCUGACUCCUUGUGUUGAGCUGGAGGUAGCCAAGUCAGGGGCCAAUGCCUUGGCAUCAGUAAGAACAGUCAAGAGUCCCAGUGCAGGGCCACACUUCUCCCAUCUUUCGCUUCCACCCCAGCUUGUGAUUGCUAGCCUCCCAGAGCUCAGCCGCCAUUAAGUCCCCAUGCACGUAAUCAGUCUCCACACCCCAGUUUGGGGAACAUACCCCUUGAUUGAAGUGUUUUUCCUCCGGUCCCAUGGAAACCUUGCUGCCUGCCCUGCUGGAGCAGACGGCCACCUCCAUAGAUACAGCCCUUUCUUUCUCUGUUGCGUUUGUAGUUGGAUUUGUCUGUUUGUCUGGGUUCACCAGAGUGACUAUGAUAGUGAAAAGAAAAGAAAGAAAAAGAAAAAAAGAAAAAGAAAAAAAAAGAAAAAAAAAAGGACGCAUGUAUCUUGAAAUAUUUGUCAAAAGGUUCUAGCCCACCACGAGAUGGAAGGCAUGGAUGUCACUUGUCUCCUUCCUGAAUUGGCUCCAGGCCAGUGCAGUGCUACCCUGCUGGACAGCCCAUGUUUUGAAGGGUUUCUUCUGCAUCUGGGACCUCACAGACACUGGAUUGUGACAUUGGAGGUCUGUGACAUUGGAGGUCUGUGACACUGGCCAAGGCCUGAAGCACGGGACCAGCUAGAGGCAGCAGGCUCCGCCUGCGGGGAGAGCUUGUGGCUGGCCUGUUUUGUAAAGUGAAGAUGGUCCUCUCUAAUCACAACUUCAAAUCCCACAGCAGCCCUGAAAGACAUCUAAGAACUCCUGCAUCACAAGAGAAAAGGACACCAGUACCAGCAGGGAGAGCUGUGACCCUAGAAAUUCCAUGACUGCCCAGCAGAUACCCUUGGGCCCUCUCCAAGCCUUGGCCUCUUCACCGUAGAGUUUGGGAUGGACUGCCCCACCGAUGAAGGGGACAUCUUAGGAGACUCCCUUGGUUUCCAAGCUGUCAGUCCCCUGAUCUCGCAUGAUCUCCUACUGCUGCAGCGACUAGGUCUUUGGAGAUUAGGAACUUCAGGUCCCGGUCGGCCACUUCUGGCUUGGGUACAGUUAAGGACAAUGUGGAGAAUAGGAGGAAGCAGCCAGCCUUUCCCAUUAAAGAAUGCUUGAGUGCCCAGGGCUACCUAUUGUGAGCCUCUCCACUGAUAAGACUUUAGCUGUCUAUAAGAGUCCGAGGGAGGAAAAAUGUGGUUUGAUGGUCCGUGGUCCUUUCAUCAUGGUUACCUGUUGUGGUUCUCUCUUACACCCAUUUACCCAUCCUGCAGUUCCUGUCCUUGAAUGGGGGGUGGGGUACUCUGCCAUAUCUCUUGUAGAGCGAUCAGCCCAAAAAUCAUGAUUUGGAGUGAUCUGGUCAGUGCUGAUAGGCAGUUUACAAAGGGAUUCCGGCUUGUGACUUCAGUGAGGACAAUCCCCCAGGGUCCUGGCACCUGUCCUUUCUUUCCAUGCCUCUCCAGUCCAGAGCCAAUGUCUUUGGGUGGGCUAGAUAGGGCAUACAAUUUGCCUGGUUCCUCCAAGCUCUUAAUUCACUUUAUUAAUAGUUCCAUUUAAAUUGACUUCAAUGAUAAGAGUGUAUCCCAUUUGAGAUUGCUUGUGUUGUGGGGGAGGGGGAGGAGGAACACAUUAAGAUAAUUCACAUGGGCAAAGGGAGGUCUUGGAGUGUAGCCGUUAAGCCAUCUUGUAACCCCAUUCAUGAUUUUGACCACCUGCUAGAGAGAAGAGAUGCCACGAGGCUAGAACUUGGAGGCUUGGCUGUCCCACUAGUAGGCUUUCGAAAGGCAGAGGCAGCCAGCUAGGUCCCUGCCUUCCCAGUCAGGUGCAGCUCUCAGGUUUGUGGAGGAAAUCUAUGAACUGCUCUUCCUGCUGCCUUCUUGUGGUGUCCAGAGCCCUGUCAAUGCCUCCUCAGAACCCUGGCUUCCUUCCCUCUAAUCCACUGGCACGUGACUAUCACCUCUGGACUGACCUCAGAUCCAUAGCCUACACACUGCUAGCAGUGGCCAAGAUCACCUCCUUUAUCCCCAUCUGUUCUCCAGGAAAGUAAGUGGGGAUGAGGGUGGAGGUGGUAAUCAACUAUAGAUCUGUGGCUUUAUGAGUCUUCAGACUUCUCUCUGGCUUCUUCUGAAAGGGUUACUUUGGGCAGUAUUGCAAUCUCACCCUCCUGAUGGAUGUAGCCUGUGCAGUUACUGUGCUGGGCAUGAUCUCCAGUGCUUGCAAGUCCCAUGAUUUCUUUGGUGAUAUUGAGGGUGGGGGGAGGGACACAAAUCAUCUUAGCUUAGCUUCCUGUCUGUGAAUGUCCAUAUAGUGUAUUGUGUUUUAACAAAUGAUCUACACUGACUGUUGCUGUAAAAGUGAAUUUGGAAAUAAAGUUAUUACUCUGA